AUGGCUCCUGGACAGGAAGAAGCAGAGGCUGUGGAGAAUGUUCUGAGCAUUGAGGCCGUUGGCCUGAAUCCCGUGCCUGGACAACCCAGACAGGUCCAGAGCAUUGUAUCAGCAGCGACAAGCACAUCGGGAGCCACUCUCCCUACCCUGCCAGAAGAACUGGUUCCAUUUGAACCCGACUUCUUUGCUCCAGCUGCAGACUGCUGGGAGGGAGGACCUGCAUUGGAGCCUUCAGAGGCAUUUGACAUUGAGCUCAGCAGCUUGCUGCGUGGCACAGGGCCCAGGUCAUCAAGUCCUGUGAGCUACAGUGACCACACGGACUGGAACUUGCCUGGCCAGUCUCCUCUUGCUGAUGCUCUUCCCCCAAGACUGCAAAUUUCGGAUGCUCCAGCCCGUACCCUUCAGGAGCGCAGCGUGGAAUCGGGCCAUUCGAGUGGUGUGCACAGCUCUCAGUCCAUGGCAGGAGCUGCAGAAUAUCCUGCUGGAGUCCCUGCAGCCCAGCCUGUGCACAGUGCAGGCAUGCAAAGUGCUGGUGGGCAGCAGCCGCACAGCUAUGCUCUGCAGGUUGCAGAUCUCAACUGUUCUGCCCCGAGCCAGGUGCAGAAAUCGCAGCAUCAGAGUACGCACUGGCCAGCUGUGCCACUUGUUUCUACUGCAAACCUGGGCCCAGUGCAUGCUGCGCAGGACUUUCCAUUCCCACCCGUUGGGGUUCCAUCGCCCCAGCAGCUGGCCCUUCUUGAACAGCGCAACAUGGAUUCUGUUCAAGGAACUGGACGUCCAGAGGCAAUGCCCAUAGCUUUCCCAGGUAUUGCAGGUGCCUUCUCCCCUCAGGGUCUGAUGGGCAGAUUUCCUCCAGGCUACCCACCACUGCCUCCCUUUCCUGGGAUUCCCGGGCUGCCACCAUUCGGCCAAUUGCCACCGUUUUCUGCCCAACACCAGGAGCAGAUCCAUAGGAGCCUGAUGGAGUCAUUCCAGCACAACCCAGUGGGGAUGGUGGACCCGGCAUUAAUGUCUUUCCAAAAUCCUUAUCUCCUCACUCCGUACCUCCAGCACCUGCGCCAGAUGCCAGAUGUCAUUCGUCACCUCCCGCAAGGGGCUCCCAACCAGGAGGGUCGGCCACAGCUGCCACGGCAUGGACACGAGCAGCCAAGCAAUCCAGCGGAACAGAGACCAGAAGACAGGCAACGUCCUGAACAGGCACUGGAACAGCAGAAUCCUGCUCCAAGCGUUCAGGGCAACAAUCCACUGCUGCCGCCUCCACUUUUGCCGCCCCCACCACUGCCCACAGCCUUGCCUUUCCCGGGACCACCACAGCGAGGUGCACCAUCGAUGCAGGGAAUGCAGAUGCCAAGGGAAGGACAACCACAGCAAGCACACCCUGCCAAUGCCUGCGAAUCAUACAAUAUGCUUCGUCAGAUGAUAGGAACUACACCCUCUGUGCCUGCUGGUGCUGGUGAUUCAAGUUCGGCUGGGGCGUCUGUCAGGAUAACAGCAAGGGUGAAUCUGAAGGUUGAAAGUGAGCUUCCACCAGACAUGUCCAGCAACAUCAUGCGCAGGCUGGCUGCUGCCUUCCCGGAAGAAUUUGUUACUGUGGAUUCGUCUGCAAGAGAGGGCUGCACGAAUUUCAUAUUUGACGUUGUGAGCGCUGCUGUCACCGUGGACACUGGCGGGCGCAGAUUGUCGCAGGGCGAAGGGGAGCCCAGCACCAGUGACAGCGGUUUGGCAGCCUUGCCACUUGGCAACAGGAGCAGCACCGAACUCGGGUCGAGCAGACAAGAGGCAGAUGACAGGAACGAACACGUCCUCAUGCAGACAGUUCUUGAGCGCCUCAGCAGUCUACCAGGACGUGAGUACGAAUUUGUGCGGUCGGCCCCUGUGGUAGUCGGUGUCGGAAAGCACAGGUCUGCCUUGGUUGGGGGCCAGCCUUGUGUGCCCAGCCAAGGGUUUCCAGAGCCGUGCAGGCCAACCAUCGAGCGGGUGGUUCCAAGCUGCGUGCUGAGGAAUGAGGCAAUAAGUGUGGAGGUAUGGGGCUAUCAUUUGCUGCAACCAACAGCCAUGUUCUGCAGAUUUAAAGGCAGAAAUUGGCCCCUCAUACUUCAGCAAGCAGGACAGUUGAAGCUGGAGGGCACGUGCGAGGCCCCAAUCACAUUUGGUAGAUGUCAGCUCCCAGGGUUGCCAUCCUGUGGAGUGGGCUUCAUGGAAUGUGAACUUGGGCGCAGCCUGAGUGGUCCGCAGCCUGUUUUGGUGGUUGAUAGUGUGGAGGUGGUGAGGGAGGUGCAUGCUCUUCUCAAUAGCAUGAAUGCAUCUGAACAACACAGACUCCUCACACAGCUGGGAUUGGUCCUUUCUCACAUAGACACUCUCGGGGAUGCAGAUGCGGUAUCCAUAUCUUCUCAAUCGGAUGAAGACUCUGAGCUGUCCGAAGUUGGCUCUGGCGAGACCCCCUUUGAAAGCGAUGCAGAAAGUGACGAUGUUUCAAAUCCGGACUAUGAGGAUGCGCCACAGUUGUCCACAGACCACUCAGUCUCCAGAGCUGGCCAGUGUGGCGAAACUGAAAGUGCACACGCGCUUUUGGCAGCAAGGGAUGGUGAAGGGCCUGCAGAAUCCGAGACAUCCAAUUCGGGACGUCGUUCCAGGGAGCUGAACCAUACAACCAUCAGAGAGGAGAGAGAGGCACAGCGUACAGGACGUGCAGACAUUGAAUCUGGGUCGCCCAUCGCGGAAACAGCCGACAUCCCUGGUGUCCAGCACUACCAUCAAACGAGGCUACCCGAGUACAAGCGCAUGAUUGCCGAAACUGCGCGGCAAUACCUUUCAUACUUUUGCCGCCGGGGGUGCACUGCCCUUGCUCGAUGUGUAAUGCCAGCGGCACAGAUAGGGUGUGUGACUUUCUCCAGCGUCGUGGCACAGAGUCAAUCAGAUGGAAUGACGUUGCUUCAUCAAGCCCUCCUCUCUGGUGAUGUUAUCAUGCUGAGGACUGUCCUUGACUGGGGCAGGGAUUUCCAGUACGAGUGGGAAUGGACUUACGCUGGCCCCAACGGGGUGACUCCACUCCAUUGUGCAGCAAUGAACCGCAAUGGAUUGGAGGCACUGCAGCUUAUCUUGGAGCACAAGCCAGAGGUGUGCCUAUCGUGGUUUACGAAGGAAACUGUAGACGGGAAAACGCCGUCUAACUUCGCAGAGUGGUCCGGCUUUCGGCAGGCCAAUGAACUCAUGAUGGACAAAGUCGAGGAAUCAUACCGAAAGGAGGGUUAUCCAGGUCAUCCUGGUGCCCCACGCAACAAUGAGAGCACACGUGUGGCUGAGCCAGUACCCCCGACAGAGAGGGCCCCAGCCAACGUGGUCACCAUCCCCGGAGUGGUCACUGCUCCAAGACGAGUGAGACAGGUAGUUCAGAGGCAUGCACCGUCGUCCAGGGCUGUUGCCAACGACUCAAUGGGCAGCAGGGACCAAGGGCACCUGCACGGGCAGGAUCACAAAUCCGACCGCAGCCACUGGUCCAUUUUCUCCAGCUCUGCUGUGUGGAUGGCCCUGUUCACGCUGCCGAUGGCCGCCACGCUCGUUUGCCGUGGCACGGAGGACUCAGGCGGAGACUCGUAUUCCUGGCUGUUGGUGUCGUCGAUGGCCGUAGAAGCGUUCCAGGCGUUGUGGAGCUUGAGCCACUUGGUGGUUGUGAAUCCUUGCAUGAAGGGAAAGUGA